UCCACUUAUCAGAUUCAGUGACUUUCUGAGUCUGAGCUCAGCACCUCAUUCAGCUCCUAGUAGUGGCAGUUAUGGCUCGGGUUGUCUAACGCCCUUGCGUCGCCGGCUGAGCUACGAGUUGUCAGCCCAACACCUGGUUCCAUCGUUCGUUAAACCAUCCGCAAUUUGUCGAACUCGCUUCCGCAUCCGACUUUGGGCACUGUGUUAGAGUCCAGUACAGUCAGUCCAUCAGGAGUAGUCGUAGUAGUAGGAGUUCAGAUUGUACGUAGGAUUGCUUUGUCGCUCGCUAGCGUAUCAGCCGAUUGUUUGGAGCAUUGGCGCAGCUGGAGAAGGGUGGCGAAUUUUGAGUCGGGCAUGCCGGGAAGUGGAAGGUAGUUGGAAGGCAGAGAAUGAGCCCACUUUGAUCUCUGCAGGGUGGAAAGCAGGCCUGCCUGCCUCUGGUGCUUCGGUUAGAAGAACGGAGAAGGUCUGGUCUGGUCUGGUUGAGUGAGUGAGCGAGCGGAAAUGGCAUUGCAAGCGGUGCUGCAUUUACCUUCGGCCUCCAUGGAAUCGGUGGCCAGAAUCUCGUCUCCAGCCUCUGCCUCUUCGUCCUGUGCUCGCUCCUCUUCCCAAUCUCUAGUCAGCUUUGCUGCUCGCUGCCAAUUAAGGUCCACAUUUUGGAGUAGCCCAGAUGGAGAUUCCCCGUCAUUCUUGGUGCUCCCUGAGAGGAGAUCUGGACGAAUGAUAAUGCGCCGCAAUGCAACCACAAGAGUUGUAGCUACAGCUGGAGGAGUGGGAACUCCAGUGAGAAACACCAGCAUUCUCGUUGUUGGUGCCACGGGAACUCUGGGUCGUCAAAUCGUCAGACGGGCGUUAGAUGAAGGCUACGAUGUGCGUUGCCUUGUUCGAUCUCGCCCAGCUCCAGCAGACUUCCUUCGCGACUGGGGUGCAAUCGUUGUAAAUGGCGACCUGAGUAAACCUGAGACUCUUCCUGCGACGCUCGUGGGCAUCCAUACCAUCAUCGAUUGUGCGACCGGACGUCCUGAGGAGCCUAUCAGAAAGGUUGAUUGGGAUGGAAAGGUGGCCCUGAUCCAGUGCGCCAAAGCAAUGGGAAUUCAAAAGUAUGUUUUCUUUUCCAUCCACAACUGCGAAAAGCACCCGGAGGUUCCUCUCAUGGAGAUCAAACGAUGCACUGAGAAGUACUUGGCAGAGUCAGGUCUCAACUACACGACCAUUCGAUUGUGUGGGUUCAUGCAAGGUCUCAUUGGUCAGUAUGCAGUGCCUAUUUUGGAAGAGAAGUCCGUGUGGGGUACUGAUGCUCCCACUCGCGUUGCAUACAUGGAUACUCAGGACAUAGCACGUUUGACUCUCACUGCUCUUCGAAAUGACAAGACGGAGAGAAAAGCUCUGACAUUUGCCGGACCUCGAGCAUGGACUACACAAGAGGUUAUCAGUUUGUGUGAAAGGCUUGCUGGUCAAGAUGCCAAGGUUACCACCGUACCAGUGGGUGUCUUGAAGACAACUAGGAUUUUGACUCGACUGUUCCAGUGGACGACAGACGUUGCUGACCGCCUGGCGUUUUCAGAGGUGCUCACAAGUGACGUCGUGUUUUCUGCGCCUAUGACUGAAAUUUACGGAAUGCUGGGUGUUGACCCUAAGGAUACCACGACGCUUGAGCUUUACUUGCAAGAGUACUACUCCCAAAUUCUAAAGAAGCUCAAGGAUUUGAAGGCUUCGUCGAAACAGGGUGACUAUUACCUCUGAGGUUUAGGUGAUAGUUAUCUGGAGUGUACUUGUAGUCUACUAGGAAGUGCUUCACCCAACGGAGGCAUUGUAGUGCCCUGUCAAAUCUGUUCAGUUCCAUGGGGAUUCAACGUUUUGACGCAGAGAGAGGGAGCCAUUGAUGGAGGUAGAUAUUCUAAUCACUGGUGUGUACAAUGUACUGUAGAAAUCUGUGUAGUUUUAUUCACCGAAUCAAUUGUAACAUGGAGAGAUGAUUGUGUUAGCGAAAGAGAAGCUCAUUCGGCUUCUAUUUACGAUUUGAAGACGCUCCCUGAACACUUAAACAAUUCCGUGUUUUGUGAGUAGAAUCUUCUAGCUGUAUUUCUAUAUAUACAACUGUGAAUGAAAAUG